GGCCUGCCCGGCGGGCCCCGACACCGACAGCCCCGUCACCAUCACCACCACCGUCGUCACCGUCAUCAUCACCACCGCCGCCUCAGCCGCCCCGACGACAGCAAGGGGGCCCGGGCGGGGCCAUGAGGGCGCCUGGGCCGGGGCCCCAGCGAGCCUGACGACGGGAGCCGCCCGGCUGACUGACUGACUGACUGCCUGACUGACUGACUGACUGACGGGAGGCUCCCGCCAUGGCCCGCCUGGCCGACUACUUCGUCCUGGUGGGCUACGGGCCCGACCCCGACCCCAGGGGGAGCGGCCAAGGCCAAGGCCAGAUCCUGCAGCGCUUCCCGGAGAAAGAUUGGGCCGACAACCCCUUCCCCCAGGGCAUCGAGUUGUUCUGCCAGCCCAGCGGGUGGCAGCUGUGCCCCGAGCGGAGCCCACCCACCUUCUCCAUCGCCGUCCUCACGGACAUCAACUCAGAGCGCCACUACUGCGCCUGCCUCACCUUCUGGGAGCCCGUGGAGGCGGCUCAGGCUCACGCUCAGAGUGAGGCCGAGGAGGGGCAGAGAUCGGCGCGGGGGUCCGCCCCUGGGCCCCCGGCCUCCCCGCCACAGCUGUUCGCGCCCAAGACGCUGGUGCUGGUGUCCCGGCUGGACCACUCGGAGGUGUUCAGGAACAGCCUGGGCCUCAUCUACACGGUCCACGUGGAGGGUCUGAGCACGUCCCUGGAGAACCUCGUGGGCAACCUCCUCACCUGCUUCGUCCCCAUUGCGGGGGGCGCACAGCCGGACUGUGUAGAGGAAGGAGCGAGGACCAUCUCGUUAGGCGUCGGUGACCGCCAGGUGAUCCAGACGCCUCUGAGCGACUCGCUGCCCGUCAGCUGCUGCAGCGUCGCCCUGCUCUUCCGCCAGCUGGGCAUCACCAACGUGCUGACCCUGUUCUGCGCCUGUCUCACGGAACACAAGAUCCUCUUCCUGUCCCGCAGCUACCAGCGCCUCACGGACGCCUGCCGUGGGCUGCUCGCCCUGCUCUUCCCGCUCAAGUACAGCUUCACCUACGUGCCCAUCCUGCCGGCCCAGCUGCUGGAGGUGCUGAGCACUCCGACCCCCUUCGUCAUCGGCGUCAACUCCAUCUUCCAGGCUGAGACUCAGGAGCUGCUGGACGUGAUCAUCGCGGACCUGGAUGGGGGGACGGUGACCGUUCCCGAGUGUGUGCACGUCCCCCCGCUCCCCGAGCCACUGCAUGGCCAGACCCACCGGGCCCUGUGCAUGGUCCUGGACCCUGAGCUGGAGCUCGCUGACCUGGCCUUCCCCCCGCCCUCCAGUUCCCCCCAAUCCCUCAAGAUGCAGGACAAGGAGCUGCGGGCGGUGUUCCUGCGCCUGUUUGCCCAGCUGCUGCAGGGCUACCGCUGGUGUCUGCACCUCGUCCGCAUCCACCCGGAGCCCGUGCUGCGUUUCCACAAGGCAGCAUUCCUGGGGCAGCGAGGCCUAGUGGAAGAUGAGUUCUUGCCCAAGGUGCUGGAGGGAAUGGCGUUUGCCGGCUUUAUCUCCGAACGUGGGGACCCAUUCCGCCCCAUCGACCUGUUCGAUGAGCUGGUGGCCCAGGAGGUGCAGCCCAUCGGGGUCGAGGAGAAGCAGCCCCAGCGCGUCCUGCGGAAUGUGAAGGAGCUGGCAGAGGCUCUGUACAAGAAUGAGAAUCCUUACCCAGCGGUGGCCAUGCACAAAGUGCAGAAGCCGGCCGAGGGCGGCCACCUGCAGCGGGCACCGCGGCCGUUCCCGCGGCUGGACGAGAGCACGGUGCAGUGGAUCAUCGACCAGGCCAGCGCCAAGCUGCAGGGCGCCCCGCCCGCGGUGCGGGCGGCCAAGAAGACCCUGGUGCCCUCUGGCCCGCCCAUCGCGGCCAUCGUGGAGCGGAAUGGCGGGUUGCAGGUCAACAACGCGCGGAGGCUCGAGGUCGUGCGCAACUGCAUCACCUUUACUUUCGAGGGCAAGAUGCUGGAGGCCAAGAAGCUGCUCCCGGCUGUGCUGCGGGCGCUGAAGGGCCGGGCCGCCCGGCGCUGCCUGACCCGCGAGCUGCACCUGCACGUGCAGCAGAACCGCUCCGUGCUGGACCACCAGCAGUUCGACUACGUCGUGCGCAUGAUCAACUCCUGCCUGCAGGACUGCGCGGCCACGGACGAACACGGCAUCGCGGCCGCCCUGCUGCCCCUGGUCACGGCCUUCUGCCGGAAGCUGAGCCCCGGCGUGACGCAGUUCGCGUACAGCUGCGUGCAGGAACACACGGUCUGGACCACCCCCCAGUUCUGGGAGGCCAUGUUCUACGGCGACGUGCAGACCCACAUCCGUGCCCUCUACCUGGAUCCCGGCGGCAACAGCCCCGUGGCGCGGGCGGCGCCGGACAGCGAGGGGCCGGCCGGCCGGGUGACGCUGCUGGAAGAGGAAGAGGAGGAGGAGGAGGACCGCGGGGGGCCACCGGAGGAGGAGGAAGAGGAGGAGGAGGAGAAGUCGGCGCUGGAGGUGGCGGCGGAGCAGCGGCGGCUGUGGCCCACGCUGACCCGGGAGAAGCAGCAGGAGCUGGUGCAGAAGGAGGAGAGCACCGUGUACAGUCAGGCCAUCCACUACGCCAACCGCAUGAGCUACCUGCUCCUGCCCCUCGAUGCCAGCAAGGGCCGCCUGGCGCGCGGGACCCCGCUGGCCGACGCCGACAGCGUCAGCAACAGCCUCGUCACCAACAGCAUGGCGGGCAGCGUGGCCGAGAGCUACGACACGGAGAGCGGGUUCGAGGACGCGGAGGGCUCGGACGCGGCGGGCGCCGUGGUGAGGUUCAUCAACCGCUUCGUGGACAAGGUCUGCACCGAGAGCGGCGUCACCAGCGAGCAUCUCAAGAGCCUGCACAGCAUGGUGCCAGACAUCGUCCAGAUGCACAUCGAGACGCUGGACGCCGUGCACAGAGAGAGCAAACGCCUCCCUCCCAUCCAGAAGCCCAAACUGCUGCGCCCGACCCUGCUGCCCGGCGAGGAGUGCGUACUCGAGGGCCUGCGGGUCUACCUGAUGCCCGACGGACGGGAGGAAGGGGCGGGGGGCAACGUCGGCGGGCCAGCCCUGCUGCCUGCGGAGGGUGCCAUCUUCCUCACCACCUACCGGGUCAUCUUCACCGGACUGCCCACCGACCCCCUGGUGGGGGAGCAGGGGGUGGUCCGCUCCUUCCCCGUGGCUGCGCUGACCAAGGAGAAGAAAAUCAGCGUCCAGGUGGACCAGUGCCAGCUGGACGGGCUGCGGCUGCGCUCCUGCACUUUCCAGCUGCUGAAGAUCGCUUUCGACGAGGAGGUGGGCUCCGACAGCGCCGAGACCUUCCGCAAGCACCUUCAAAAGCUGCGCUUCCCCACCCACGUCCACAACACCUUCGCCUUCAGCGCCGGCCAGCCCGCCCCCACCCUGCAGCCCCGCUCCAAAGAGAAGAGCCCCUCCCUCAGGACGCUGUCGCGGAACCUGAUGAAGAACGCCAAGAAGACCAUGGGCCGCCAGCACGAGAGCCGCCGCAAAUACCACCCGCCCAGCCUGGGGACCCUGCUGUCCCAGCCGGCUCACGGCGCCGAUGACCCGGACGACCCCAUCUCAGUGUCGGAGGAGGCGGAGCCCGGCACGCUGACCCCCGGCGGUGCGGGCCUGAAGCCGUCCGACCGCCUGACCCUGAGCCACCUGGUGGACCGGGCCUGCUGCCGUGACUACCAGCGCCUGGGGCUGGGCACGCUCAGCAGCAGCCUGAGUCGCGCCAAGCACGAGCAGCCCUUCCGCAUCUCCACCGUCAACCGCAUGUACGCCGUCUGCCGCAGCUACCCCGGGGUGCUGAUCGUGCCGCAGAGCGUACAGGACAACGCGCUGCAGAAGGUGUCCCGCUGCUACCGGCAGGGCCGCUUCCCGGUGCUGUGCUGGCGGAGCGGGCGCUCGCGGGCCGUGCUCCUGCGCUCCGGGGGGCUGCACGCCAAGGGCGUCGUCAGCCUCUUCAAGGCCCAGAACGCCCCCUCCCCAGGGCAGUCGCCGGUGGACUCCAGCAGCCAGGAGCAGGAGAGCUACCUGCAGGCCGUGGUCAGCUGCCUGACCCACCGCGGCCACGAGGCCUCCGGCCGCAACACGCUCAGCGGCUUCUCCUCCGCCCACAUGGCCGGCCACGAUCCCUCGGAGCGGAGACCCCGGCCGGCCGGGCUGAGCUCCCUGAUGAAGCAGGUGAUGGGCGGGAAGGAGGACGGUGGCGGCGGCGCGAGCCGUGGAGUGCCCAGCCACAGAGCCGGGGUGACCACCCUGUCUGGUCCCAUGGCCACCCCGGGCAUCAGAAGGACCAGUCCCCGAGGGAAGUGGGGCAGCAUCCGUGUCAGCGGGCGCAGCGCCGGCCCCGGCGUGGACGUGGGCUCGCGGCUGGCGGCGAAGGAGCUCCUGAGCCCCCAGCCCAACGGGGGGCCCCCCGAACCGGGCUUCCUCCACCCUCCCCGGGCUGCCCUCUAUAUCAUCGGGGACAAGUCUCAGCUCAAGGGCGUGAAGCCGGACCCCCUGCAUCAGUGGGAGCUGGUCCCCAUCGAGGUGUUCGAGGUGCGGCACGUCAAAGCCAGCUUCAAGAAACUGCUCAAAGCCUGCGUGCCCGGCUGCCCGCCCGGCUCCGCGCCCAACGAGGGCAACCCCACCUACCUGCGCUCGCUGGAGGAGUCGGAGUGGCUCGGCCAGAUCCACAAGCUUCUGCAGUUGUCUGUGCUGGUGGUGGAACUGCUGGACUCGGGCUCUUCGGUCCUGGUCAGCCUGGAGGACGGAUGGGACAUCACCACCCAGGUGGUGUCCCUGGUGCAGCUGCUGUCGGACCCGUACUACCGCACGCUGGACGGCUUCCGCGUGCUGGUGGAGAAGGAGUGGCUGUCCUUCGGCCACCGCUUCGGCCAGCGCGGCACCCACACCGUGGCCGACCAGAGCAGCGGCUUCGCCCCCGUCUUCCUGCAGUUCCUGGACUGCGUGCACCAGGUCCACCUGCAGUUCCCCAUGGAGUUUGAGUUCAGCCAGUACUACCUCAAGUUCCUCGGCUACCACCACAUGAGCCGUCGCUUCCGCACCUUCCUGCUCGACUCGGACUGCGAGCGCAUCGAGCUGGGGCUGCUGUACGAAGAGAAGGGGGAGCGCAGGGGCCAGCAGCAGCCUCCGCUGCCGCCACCGCCGCCGCCGUCGUCGUCCCAGCAGCCGCUGCAGCCGUGCCGCUCCGUGUGGGACUGCGUCGAGCGGCUGGGCCGGAAGGCGCCCAUCUUCUUCAACUACAUGUACGCGCCCGAGGAUGGCCAGGUACUCCGCCCCUACAGCAACGUGUCGAACCUCAAGGUGUGGGACUACUACACGGAGGAGACCCUGGCCGAGGGCCCCCCGUACGACUGGGAGCAGGGCCCGGGCCCCCCCGAGCCCCCCGCCGAGGACGAGCGGCCGGACGGGGUGGCCCUGCAGACCAGCAAGCGGCGGGUGGUCUGGCCCUGCUACGACAGCCGGCCCCGCGCCCAGCCUGACGCCCUGACCCACCUGCUGCAGGAGCUGCAGCGGCUGGAGAUGGAGCUGGGCCGCGGGCCGGAGCGCUGGAAGGACACCUGGGACAGGGUCAAGGCUGCCCGGCAGAGCGAGGCCCGGCCCGAGGGGCGGAGCCCCCCCAGCUGGAUGCUGCCGUCCAGCCUGUCCCACCACCGCCGCUCGCUGGGCAUCUACCUGCAGGAGGGGAUGGCGGCGGUGGGGGUGGGCGGCGCCGGGGGCUCCUGCCUGAACCUCAGCCUGGACGGCGAUGACGCCGGCGCCGCCUCGGCCCUGGGCGGCGGCAAGGCGGGCGCCCGCCGCAGCGCCAGCACCUUGUACAACCAGUUCCAGAUGGUCGAGAGCGAGAACAGGUCGUACGAGGGGAUUCUGUACAAGAAGGGGGCUUUCAUGAAGGCCUGGAAACAGCGCUGGUUCGUCCUGGACAAAACCAAACACCAGCUGCGUUACUACGACCAGCGGACCGACGUGGACUGCAAGGGCUUCAUCGACCUGAGCGAGGUGGAGGCCGUGACCCCCAGCGCCCCCACCAUGGGGGCCCCCAAGAACGUGGACGAGAAGGCCUUCUUCGACCUGAAGACCACCCGGCGCGUUUACAACUUCUGUGCCCAGGACGGGGUGCAGGCUCAGCAGUGGGUGGACCGGAUCCAGAGCUGCCUGUCCGAAGUCUGACCCGCGGCCCGCAGUGGGAUCCCGGGGGGAGGGCCGGGGUCGGAAGCCGAGCGGCGCGGCCCUCCCCUGCCACCCCCUGCCCCCCCACCCGCCUCCGUCUCCGCAAACCACUGUCGGGGAGGUGGCGAGUGGCCAGCGACCCCCGUCUGCUCAUGUUUACAAGCCCCGGCGGGGCCCCGGGCGGUCAGUAUUGUCCGGCCGAGCGAAAGCGGCCGUGUUACGCCCCCGGCCCCCGGGGCCCGGCACUUGACUCUGUACAGGAACCGGUGGCCCGGGUGCGCUGCCGUGCCCAUCCAGCCGAGCUUCGCCCUCCCCCCAGCCGCCCGCCACAUCUUCGCCCCCCGUGCCCGUCCCGCGCCCGGCAGGGAGAGGCAAGGCCUCAGCUUCAGGGAGGGACCCCAGCCGCCCCCAUCCCCGCCC